AUGGCACCAUCCGUGACGCUCGUCGGCAGCUUCCUCGCCGCCCUGGCCCUCCUCGCCGUGGCCGGAGAGGCGGCUGUCUUCACGGUGGUGAAUCAGUGCUCCUUCACCGUGUGGGCCGCGUCCGUGCCGGUGGGCGGCGGGCGGCAGCUGAACCGCGGCGAGACGUGGCGGAUCACGGCCCCCGCGGGCACGACGGCGGCGCGUAUCUGGGCGCGCACGGGGUGCCAGUUCGACGCGAGCGGGCGCGGGAGCUGCCGCACGGGCGACUGCGGCGGGGUGCUGCAGUGCACGGGGUACGGGCGCGCCCCCAACACGCUGGCGGAGUACGCGCUGAACCAGUUCAACAACCUCGACUUCUUCGACAUCUCCCUCAUCGACGGCUUCAACGUGCCCAUGAGCUUCCUCCCCGACGGCGGGUCCGGGUGCAGCCGCGGGCCCCGGUGCGCCGUGGACGUGAACGCGCGGUGCCCCGCCGAGCUGAGGCAGGACGGGGUGUGCAACAACGCGUGCCCCGUGUUCAAGAAGGACGUCUACUGCUGCGUCGGCUCGGCGGCCAACAACUGCGGGCCGACCAACUACUCGAGGUACUUCAAGGGGCAGUGUCCCGACGCGUACAGCUACCCCAAGGAUGACGCCACCAGCACCUUCACCUGCCCCGCCGGAACCAACUACAAGGUCGUCUUCUGCCCGUGA